GAACAGCAGUCCGGCAUUCGAUCGCAAGUAAACUGCGAUAUCAGACCUUCUUGACCCUUUUCACUGGAAGUAAGGACACUAGAAACACACAGCCAACAUGCCAGUUGACUUGAAUGGGUAUUGGAAAAUGAUCUCCAAUGACAACUUCGAAGAGUACUUGAAAGCCCUCGAUGUAAAUGUUGCCAUUAGGAAAAUUGCCACCUUGUUGAAGCCCGACAAAGACAUCAGUCAAGAUGGUGACCACGUUGUCAUCAAGACCCUCAGUACCUUUAAGAACUACAACAUGGAUUUCCAUGUUGGCAAGGAGUUUGAGGAGGAUCUCUCAGGGGUGGAUGACAGAAAAUGCAUGACCACUGUCUCAUGGGAGGGGGACAAGCUGGUGUGUGUUCAGAAGGGAGAGAAGGAGGGCCGAGGCUGGACCCAUUGGGUGGAGGGAGAUACGCUUCAUCUGGAGCUGAGAGCAUGUGGAGCUGUGUGCAAACAGGUCUUCAAGAAAACUUAAACCAGCCCUGGAACAACAGAACGGUACCCCCUACCUGAGCGUGCAAGAGAGACAUGGACACGACCCAAGAGUGUGACAGAGAACCCCCUAUUGCACUCAUCCGUCCGUCAAUCCAUCCUUUCACAUUUAAUUCCACCAGGACUGUUGCCUUGCACCCACAAAAGUAAAACUAUCCACAACAGGGGUGAUGUACAUGAUGCUUCCUAACAAAAAGGAAAACAACUGUUUAUUUUAUUUUUCUUCUUUCCUUUUAUUAUCUUUCCAUCACUGGUACUGUAACUCUGUUUCAGGGGGGGCGGGUGCUCCUUUGAUUAACAUGUUAUAGGUGUAUUAGAUGCCUAAUACACUGUAUUAGAUUUAGUUGGCUUUGCAAUUAGUGCCUUAAUCUCUGAUGAUGCGCCGGACUGAAAACUGGGGGUGAACUUGACCAGUAGGAAGGAGGGUUUCAGCAGAGUGAAAGAGAAAGUGAGGGUGAGAGAGGUAAAUAAUGAAAAUGAAAUGUACAGGCAACAGAAGAUGUGACAGAUGGGCAUCGUAGCCAUCUUGGUAGAAAGCUUUACAAGUACUAAUGUGUUCUGUAAAUUACAGUAGACUUUGACUGUGUUUUUCCUUCUCAAUUAAUUUGCCCUCGAUAGGACAAAACCAAUCAAUAAAUGAAUCUCAAUGUGGA